AUGUCAACUAGAAACGAGCUGCCAAUACGGCGAGACAGUCACCAUCCCCUACGACUAUUCGAGGCAGCAAAAGCGGCCAAUCGACCAUUAUUUAUACAAGCGCCCAUGGUUAGAUAUAGCAAAUUACCCUUUCGUGCAUUGAUUAGAGAAUAUGGAGUCGAUCUUUGCUAUACACCCAUGAUACUUGCAAAGGAAUUUAUUUCAGCACCAGCUCGGAAGAUAGGCCACUUGUUGUCCAGUUUGGAGCCCAUACAGUUUUGGAUUUUGCCAAAGCCGCAGAACUGGUACAGCCCUACUGUGAUGGCGUGGAUCUCAAUUGUGGAUGUCCACAAACAUGGGCUAUUCAGGAGGCAAACUGUAAGGUUCGUCGCCAUAGUUGAAUCUGCUGGCCCAGAUUAUAUUACUGUUCAUGGACGACGGAGAUCUCAAAGAUCGAGUGAACCUGUAAAUUUGGAAGCAAUCAGACUCAUCAAGUCCGUCGCGAAGGUUCCAAUCGUUGCGAAUGGCGAUGUUUUCUGCUUGGAUGAUGUAGAUAGGAUUAUCAAAGUAACUCGGGCGGAUGGCGUUAUGGCCGCUCGUGGGUUAAUGGAAAACCCUGCUCUCUUUGCUGGUUACUCGACGACACCCUGGGGCGCCGUCGAGAAGUUUCUUCACCUUAAUAUGACCCUUGGACCGCUACCUCAUCAACUUACAGUACACCAUGUUGGAGAAAUGAUGCUCAAGAUGCUAAAUAAAAAAGAGAGGUCGAGCAUGGUUGACAGCUCCUCAAACACUGUAGAACUCUUGGACUGGUUAGAUGAGAGAUUCGUUUUGGCAAGACCAUGUGAUGAAGGGUUUGGAAAAGGCAUUCAUGCUGUGAGGAUUAUCUAG